AAAAAAAAGCCUGGGAUCCCUCCUAUCUGACCGCCAUGUCCCAGUCUCAUGUUCCCAGCCGCGUCCGCAGUCCCCAGCGAGCAACGGGACCGCCCGCAGACAGUGGGGAUCUUUCUUCCCAGCACCAGAAAAAAGCCUGGGAUCCCUCCUGUCUUACCGCUAUGUCCUAGUCUUAUAUUCCUAGCCGCGUCCGCAGUAGUCUCCAGCGAGCAACAGGACCACCGCAGACCAGCGAGAUCUUUCUUCCCAGCACCAGAAAAAAGCCUGGGAUCUCCUUUUGUCAGGCCUUGGACGGCCUUUUCCUUUGUUUUGCAAGCGACAUUCACCUGUAGUCACGAGACGUCACGUGGUUACGUGAUGAUCAGGAGGGCGCACUAGCAGCUAGCGCCAAACGCGCCAGGAACCUACUUCUAGCAGCCGCGCCCUUGACCUUCUUUCUCUCUUUGUAUCACAACUUCUAUAGCAUAGCAAUGCAACCUUUUCUAAUUGCU